UAUUAUGUAACUUGUAUAAUAAUGAAACAAAUUCAGUUUAACUUUUGCUCAUCUACAACAAUGCAAAAAUAUGGUCAUGAAAUACUACAAGAUAUCUAUGGAACUCUUCACUACCCUUUCAUUACUAUUUAUCAUCCCAAUUAUCUUCACUAUCCUUUUUAAAAAAAUGGACGACAAAAUCCAAACUUCUACCGGGUCUGAAACCAUGGCCUAUCAUACGCAACAUCCAUCAGCUCGGUAACAAGCCUCAUCGCUCUGUUACCGAGCUUUCAAAAAUUUACAGACCAAUUAUGACGCUUAAAUUAGGAAGUGUAACAACAAUAGUAAUUUCAUCCUCAAAAGUGGCUCAAGAUUUGUAUCUAACACAUGAUUUAGCCAUUUCAAGUAGAGUUGUCCCUCAGGCCGGAAAAGCAGGCAACCAUCACAAAUUCUCCAUAAUUUGGCUCCCCGUAUGCCCUAAAUGGUGUGUCCCUAGAAAAAUUGCGACAAUUCAAUUAUUUACUGCCCAACGACUCAAAACUAGCCAAAUUUUAAGGGAGAAUAAGGUGAAAGAAUUAGUUGAAUACGUACACGAGUGUUGUAAGACGUGUACAUGUUGAUAUUAGUAAGGUUGCAUUUAUACAUCGCUAAAUUUGUUGUCCAACACGUUUUUCUCGAAGAAUUUGGAUAGUUAAUACUUCUUUAUAUUCACAAGAAUUCAAGAAUCUUGUAGGUAAAAUAAGUGAAGAAGGGGGAAAGCCUAAUAUUUUCAGAUAUUUUCCCCAUAAUGAAACACAGAUUUUCAAGGAGUGCUGAAAAGGAGUAACAUCUACUUUAAAAAGAUUUUUGAAAUUUUGGAAGAAAUUAUUGAUGCAAGGUUGGAAGAUAAUUCAAUGCUUGUGAAAGAUGAUGUCUUAAGUACUCUACUUAAGCUUGUUCAGGAUGGAGAAUUGAGCCUUGAUGACGUUAAGCAUUUGCUCUUUGAUUCCAUACCUUGAAGCAAUAAUUAAAGAAACAUUGAGAUUGCAUCCUCCAGUACCAAUUUUACUUGACAAGGCAGAAAAGAAUGUUGAGCUAGGUGGUUAUUCUGUGCUCAAAGAUACACAAAUAUGGGUGAAUGCAUGGUCUAUUGGUCGAGAUUCGAAUGUAUGGUCAAAUCCUCUUUUAUUUAUGCCUGAAAGAUUUUUGGAUAAGGAAAUCGAUAUCAAAGGCCAAAAAUCCAAUGGAAGAAGAAUAUGUCCGGGCAUACCUUUGGCUUAUAGGAUGGUGCAUCUAAUGCCAGCUGCUCUACUUCAUUUUUUCAAUCGGAAAUAUGGAGAACUUGUUAUCAUACUAGCUAUUUCUUUGUUUUCUAGAAAAAGCUUUGAUCAAGCAACUCUCAUCAAUCGUUCCAAACUUCAAACCAUUCACAUACGACACAUCUUUAUCGACCCUCUCUAAAGUAAGAGACAAAGCAUGUUCAAUUAUAUGCUUAAAGUUAACGUCAUCAUUAAAAUUAUUGGCACUUACUUUAACAAUCUUCAAUUUUAAAAAUAUCAAAUUUAAAAUAGGUAAUUAUUGUAAUGGAAUUAAGCAUCAUCUACUAAAAUUAUUCCAUUUGUCAAGGCUCCCUAAGCAUGACUUUCAUUAUU